AUGGCUACAUGGAUGUCACUGAUGCUGUCAGCACCAAACAUACCCCUGGAUCGCCGGUUGCCGAGUAAUGAGAUUGGGCAAAUUGCCAGACAAAAUGAGCGAGCAGUUGAGAUUUACAACAAGCCAAGGCUUCGACCGAAGCCGAUGGAGGGUCUGGAAGUAACGGCAACCGGAUUCUCGGCCCAAGACAUUGACAAAAGGGCCCUCGAAGAACUCCAUCUCGAUUGGCAGACUUCUGCUGAUAAUUCUACUGUGCUUGUCACGAAAGAUAAAAGGCCAUUGAAUGGGUUCGAGGUGGAUAUGGUUGCUAGGACUAGCAUAGUUAUCCAGGCUACGUCUAACCCGGACUGGCACGUCAUGAACACACCUUUUAUGAGCUUGGGGCUCAAAGCGUUGGCUAAUCGCUUGAUAGAAGGUUGGACGACAUUCGACAUCAAGGAGUUUUCUGAUGAGACAGACGGUAACAAUCAUUUACAUCCCGAAAUCCAUGGUAAUGAGGUUCGAGGUGGCGACGAUGACUCAAAAUCCACAAGCUCAUCUAAUGAGUUCGUGAAUCAGUACUUGAAUCGCCAGCCUUGGGCCUCGGAAGUGCGCCCGGAAUUCGCAGCGGGCGAGCCAAGAACAUCCACCGGCGCUUUUCGAAACCAACAAUCGAGACCCAAUAGGCCGAUCGCUGCAAGUCGUUCCGUUCCCGCGGGAGCACGACCACCUUUACCUGACGACCUGGCUUCAUUCUACAGUAAUACGAGUUCAUCGCCACGGCCGGUAGAGGGACGGAGAAUAUUCCCUUACAGACCAACUCAGGUCCCGGAGCUUAGUCAAAACGCUUAUGCCAACCCACCGCCCCAGCACUAUCACAGCUUCGCCAGUCUUUAUGACGAAGCACCGCGCAAUCCAGUGCUUGAAAGGCACCCAUUACCCCCGUGGGAUCGCGGAACAAGGUCAGCCAGCCACCCGCUCGGCCACGUUCACCCGGACCAUAUUGAUGAACCAGGCUCAGUACCACUGUUCAGGAGAGGGCAAAGGACUCUGGGAUUAGUUUCAUCGGAGGAUGAGACAGAGAGAAGGAUGUGGGUGUAUAAGGAGCCCGAGCGAUCCGUGCCGAAAAGGGGUCCGGGGACCAGACCACACCGCCAGAAACGUACAUCUGCCGGGCUAACACCGCGAAAGGCGAGGAGUCACAAUGAAUUGAAGGCUGAACAGGGUACAACGGCUCCUAUACCCCACGUUACUUUUGUUUCCAAAAGUAAGAGUGCAAGUCAGGGCUCCGACCGGUUCCGUCGCAGCGGAAGCUCUCAACCGGCGAUACUAAACCGUUGGAUCUACCAAUCAAUGACGCCUUUAAAAAGCACAACCGAGCACUCAGAUGAUCUCGCCCCCGAUCAAGGAUACGACUCCGGCGACGUUGCAGACGAUGACGCAGGCGAAUUUGGACAAGCCGGCCAAAGGGGAACAAUCGGCCAAGUUGAAUUAUUCGAAGUCGAGUCUGUAGACUCAAGGCUGAGAGAACUAGACAGUAUUUCCGUACCCGCGAAAAAGUCCAAUGUUGAAGAGCCCCACCAACUUACAGAACUGAUGGUGGAGGGACCAGUACAGGGACCGUUACCGAGCAAUUCAACUACAGACAAUGAUUGCCCGUCAUCGACUCCAGAUACUGCACACGGUUUUGAGGUUCACCCCAAAGAGGCAAGCACAGGACAGCAAGACGGAAGGGAAAUCAAGACUCUGUCACUAAGAAGACCCAUGCUGCCACCCACGUCUCAAAAGCCGACUACCAGGGCGCGAGCAGCCAGCCGACUCACCGCUCAGAUAGAAGAAUCGAAUGUAAAUCCAAACACCAGUGACUCUGAGGAGUCCAUGUCGACCUUCGAGCCGCAGCUGCCACCAGUCAUGGAUGCACCAGCACCUGAACACGAGAGCCCCGUGCCAGUCUCGACAGCAUGGCGAGGCGUAGUAUUCCCGGUUCGACCACAUCUUGUCCCCAUUUACGUCAGGGGCAACGAAUUAGGACAAACUUGGUAUGCAGGACCGGAGCGUGUCUGGCAUCUCCGCCAGGUACACGUUUCUUGGCAGCUUCGCGGCCGCAGCGCUAUGCCUGUCCCUCACAUGAAGACCUCCCCUCCACCGCCGGCGCGAUUUUUCAGUCAGCUGGAGUUGAAUAAACCCAUCAAGCGCUUGACUGGUGCAGGUGACUGGGAGACACCGGAGGCCCAGGAGAAGGGAGGCGGGAUCGUUCAGUGGGUGUGGAAUGCAGUCCGAUCAUCCUUUGAUCUUGUGUGUACAGUUGUACGGAGUAUCAGCUGA